CGGCAACUGGUACUUGCUGCACCAGCACAAACACAACUGGUCGCGCUGUACGCAGGAGACGAUGCCCGAAUACACGUUCACAAGGUAUUUAGGCUCCAAAGAGGUAACCAUCACCGAGGUCGGAGAUCCUCAAGACAGGAUCAAUCCUCGUCCCCUUACCAAGGAUGAGUUGUGGGCUUCUUUCGAGGACAAGUUUGAUCCCAAUCUAGCCAAGUCAAAGGCGAAACUUCUCAGCAAUGCUGUACCCACUCAGUAUCCCCCGAGAAGAACCACUUACCACUUACUUCCUAAUACGGUCGCUCUCCAGAAGCAAGCCAUCCGCUCUUUCAAACUCAGAUUGAGGGACCGAAUACAGUGUAACGCUUUUGGAGAAGAUGAAGCCGGUGUGAUGAGGGACUUUUUGCGAGUGCAGAGGAACUUGGAUGCCACGGAAGAGAAGCUGUCUCGAGAUAUCGAUGAUCAACAAGGUUUGAGAAAAGAUGUCAACGCCCUGUUCCAAGAAGGAAAAUUUGAGGAUGCAAAGUUCCAGUACAACCAACUGUGGUCCGAGAUACUCCCUUGGCACAUCGAGGCCUUGCCCGAACACAGCCCACUGAGACUCAAGCUCGGAGAGGUAGAGGCGGCAAUGUUCGACAACAUGGCUGCUUGUAUGUUCAAAUUGGCCAAGGCUGAUUUCGAGGUAGAUCUUAUUGAAAAUUUCUACACCAAGGUGACGGCAAUGGUGCAGUUUCAUUCUGUUUUUCAGUGCUGCUGGACGGCGAUAGAUGUCAGGGAGUAUGCCAAGGUGCGACCUAUCUAUAGCUGCUGUCGCCGAGCAUCCGAUAUGAUGAAAAUCCUAUAUGUUGACGCCCGGAAUUAUCCAUUUGAGAUCAAUUUCGAUCGGAACGAGACUCCUCCAGACCAGAAAUAUGUGGCUCAAAUGAUCAAAUACUUUGACGACCAAGCGAAUGCCCUCCAAAAUCUCAACAAGGAAGCUUGGUACAAGGACAUCGACGAGCGGUUAAAGAUUCCUAUGCCUCCUGGUGAAGUCACAUACUAUUUCGGGCCUUUUAGCUGGAGAGAUAGCUGGAAAGAGAAGAGAGACACGCCUUCCAAUCCAGCACAAACUCAACCUCGGGAUCUUACCCUGAAAGAGAUGUGGGAAGUAUGGUCUCCCGUCCCCAAACAAACGCAUCUCGAGUACAAUGAUCUUCCACCAUAUUAUCCCGAGUCUCGUAUUACGUACGAGCUACGCCCAACUGGAAUAGUACAAGAGUACCGGUACCUCACAUAUGCCAAGUUCUCCAUAUACGAGAUGAUCUGGCGACAACAUAACGAAGAUUGGUCUCGGAUCCACUUCCAAGAAGAUGAUAAGAAGCGGAGACAGGUCUCCGUGGAGGAUCCGCCUCUGAAGAUCAGGCUUGAUAAAGCUGAGAAACAAAAGGAUGAAGCCAACAAGAAGUACAAGGCUAACGAGUUCAAAGAUGCUCUCAUGACGUACGCCGAUGCUUGGUAUCAGCUUCUUCCAUAUCAUAUAGAAGCGCUUCCCCUCGCCAAUCCCUUACGCCAAAAGCUUGGGCAGAUAGAAGCUGCCCUUUUCGCAAACAUGGCGGCAGUAUUGAUUAAAGCCUCGUCUGAGCAACAAUGCCCUCGACGCCGUCGGGAACGUUUCCGUCGUUUGGCCUUCUUUUGCUCCUGGGCGGCCUGGUAUAACAAGGAACUGGCCACUGUGGGCACUGUGAUAAAUUCCGCCAAACGCUGCUACAGCACUGCCCCUUCCGACAAAGAUAGCCACGGCGCUAUUGAAUCUUUAAACAACUCUUUCUGGACGCCCAUGAUAAACAUCCUUGGAGAGAUUAAGGCGCGGAAUGACAUGUUGCUUCAGGAGGUUCUAGAACGUGGCCUCAAAUAUAAUACUGCGCCCCAAGUUACCUUACAGCAGGUAGGCCCGCGUAAAUGGUAUGAAACAGGGGAGCUGGAAGACUUGAAGAAGGAGAGGAAUUGGUGGAACUAGCUAUGGUAAUACAUGUGCCUAACCUAUUAAUCUAUUUGAU